AUGUUUGCAUGUACACUAGAACAGAAGAUAAAAGAUGUCCGAAGGGUGUUUGUUGAAACUGAGAGCUUUAGGAAGGUGAAAGAAAAGUUGGAGACUGUUGGCCAUGUGACAAUCAGCGGCGCUCGAGGAGACGGUAAAACAUCCAUGGCCCUGAUGAUGGGAGCUGAAUACAGGAAGCAGGGGUAUGAGCUGGUACUGGCUGAAGAUGCUUAUAAAGUACAGCUGUCUGAUUAUCUGGAAAAAGGCAAAGACGUGUGUGUCAUAUUUGAUGACAUAUUUAAGACAGUCAGAUCAUAUAUGGAUCUGACCGGUCUUGAGCACUUUUUGUACGACCUCCACGUGCACCUGGAACAGUGCGAGUCCAGAUCAGAAAGAAGAUACCAGCGUCUGCAGCAAGAACCAAGAGAUGAACAAAUUAUGUUCAGUCAUCCAAACAUAUGUGUUAUAUUCACUGCAGACACCAACGAUCUUGAGCGAGCAAUGUCAAAGCUAGGAGGCCAGAGUAUUUUCCACAGCUCAUCAGUUGUCAAACUAGGUUUUAUAGGCAAGGAGAAGAAAGCAUUGUGGCUACGUCACAAACGUCUAAAUCAAUGUGGGUUUUCCUCUGGUAUGCAGACUUUUCUCAAGUAUGGACAUCAGUCCAUUGUAGAAUGUCUGCUCCCCCACACAGACAUCAAUACUCAAGGCAACAAUGGGCAAACACCAGUUAUGUGUGCAAUAAUGUCUGGGAAGAAGGAAACGUUCGACCUUCUUGUUUCACACAAUGCUGACAUCACACUGGCCGAUGAUGACAACAACAGCCUCCUUCAUGUGGCUUGCCACUUUGAUGAUGUUUCUCUUUUAGUGGAAAUAGUGCCAAAGUUUGAAAUCAACAAUCGGGGAAAGCACGGCUGGACACCAGUGAUGAAGGCAGCUGUAAAUGGAAAGAUAGAUGCAUUCAAUAUCCUGAAUACACUGAAGGCAGACCUUACACAAACUGAUGACAACGACAACAAUCUCCUUCAUCUUGCAAGUCAUUGCGGAAAUGUCUCCACUGUGCAACUGUUACUGCCAAAGUUUGACAUCAACAGUCGGGGAAACAACGGAUGGACGCCAGUGAUGUGUGCAGCUGCCAGUGGAGUAGAGGGUGUGUUCCAUCUGCUUGUGUCACAAGGGACUGAUCUCACAUUGAGGGAUGACAACAACAAUCACGUAUUCCAUUUAGCAUGUAUAGGUGGAAAUAUUUCCAUUGUGAAUGAUCUCCUCUCAAGAACUGAUAUCAAUUGUCAGGGAAACCACGGGAGAACAGCUAUAAUGAUUGCAGCCCUGCUUGCAAAACCAACUCUGUUUAAACUACUGUUGUCAAAGAAGGCUGAUACCACACUGACUGAUGAUUAUGAUGACACUGUCGUGCAUCUAGCCUGCCAGGGUGGGAACCGAUCCAUUUGGCGGUAUCUGAUGCCAAAGUUUGCCAUGGAUGCCUCUGGAAGACAUGGGUGGACACCAAUCAUGAUCGCAGCAUGGACGGGAAGGAAAGAUGUGUUCGAUUUGCUGGUGAGUCAGAAGGUUGAUAUCAGAUUGAUUGACGACGACAAAGACAGUGUUCUACAUUUGGCCUGUCAGGGAGGGAACACAGCUAUUGUUGAACAUCUUUUAACGGUAUUUGACGCCAACAUUCAGGGACAUAAUGGCUGGACACCAGUUAUGCAUGCGGCGAGGGCAGGACAGAAGAAUGUGUUCGACCUGCUUGUGUCACACGAAGCUGAUCUGAAAUUAACUGAUGACUACAAAGAUAAUGUUCUGCACGCUGCAUGUCAGGGAGGGAGCACAGCUAUUGUGGAAAAGCUGUUGAGUAUGUUUGACGUUAAUGUUAAAGGAAAAAAUGGUCGCACACCGGUGAUGCAUGCAGUUGUGGCAGGACAGAAGAACGUAUUCAACAUGCUUGUGUCAGAAAGAGCUGACUUGAAACGGCUUGAUGACUCUGGGAACAAUUUACUGCACCUUGCAUGUCAGGCUGGAAACCAGUGCAUCAUAAAGUAUCUCCUGACUAGAUAUGACAUUAACAGUCAUGGGGAAAAUGGAUGGACACCAAUAAUGAUGGCAGCACUCAGUGGAAAGAAGGAUGUUUUUGAUCUUAUUGCAACAAAGGGAGGUGAUCAAUCAUUGACAACUUCUGAGAAGGAUAAUGUUCAUCAUGCAGCCUGCCAUGGUGGUAACACAGCCAUUGUCAAGAAGGUCAUUGACAGCUUUGGUGUCAACUCAAGGGGACGGAAUCGUUACACUCCUCUGAUGAGGGCAGUUUGUGGGGGCCACAUUGCUGUGUACAAAUUCUUGGUGUCUCAUAAUGCUGACCAAACUCAGGUGGACAAUGGUGGACACACUCUUCUACAUCUUGCUAGUAAGCAUGGUCACCUCCAUAUAGUGAAAUACAUCAGAAGCUCUGUUGAUGAGUUUGACAUCAACACUCAAGACAAGGUUGGUUUGACACCUGUUAUGACGUCAAUCUUAUAUGAUCAAGCUGCUGUGGUGAAAUAUCUGAAACGUGAAGGUGCAGACAUGUCACUGACUGACAACACUGGUGAUGAUGCAUAUACCCUUGCCCUCAAAGUAGGAAGCAGACAACUCAUAGAGCAACUAACACUAGGAGGAGAGUCAGAUCAAGGCAGACAGCCAUUAACUCAAAUAAAAAUAUCACAGGUUUUCUCUGAGAGUGUCACAGUCACACCAUGGAAUAUGCUUAUGAAGUCACUGGUGAGAGCACAAAUGUAUCUACUGGAAACAUACGACUGCGGGGAUCCUGAACUGAGGCGGCGUGACCACUUCAAUGACACAUUGCUCCAUCUGGCCUGUCGUGGAGGAAACAGACAGUGUGUGGAGUUUCUGCUCCCAUCCUAUGACAUCAAUGUCCGAGGUCGGUAUGGCAUGACACCGGUGAUGAUGGCGGCUCUGUGUGGACAUGAGGAUGUCUUCAAGUUGCUGGUGGCUCGCAAGGCAGAUCUCUCACUGGUCGCAGAUACAGGAGAAGAUAUCCUUACUCUAGCUCUGCGGGGCAACAGCAAAAACAUUAUCACACACUGUGAGACACAAAAAGUGUUUUCUGUGAAAUGA